GUCGCCAAGGCCUGCCGCAAAGGUCGCGGAUGGUAGGUAGUCUAGGCACUUGCACACUCGCGUGACGUUAAAUGACGGUAACUGGCUGCCGGCUCGAUUCCAUGGAUAGAGUACGCCACUAGUAACGUCGACGCGCUCUAGAUGACCGCAUGCCUGUCGUAGAUCAUUGGGCUGCAGCGGACACAACCUGAUAGAACGAAUAAGAUUAGUUGGCUCGAGAAAUAUGUCGGCGGAGGUUUUCCGGGUGAUCAACGGACUAUACCUGGGAAAACACUUCCCCGACGAAACAGUUCUGUCGACAUUGGCGUACAAGCCACAAGAUGGCGAUAUAAUGGUCGUCAGCUACCCCAAAUGUGGUACCACUUGGACGCAGCACAUAGUCUACAACAUCCUAAUGGACGCUGAAGAACCCGAGGACCCGUUAGACCAGAUCGCUGGAUUCGCAGCUGCCGAUCCUUUCGGUCAGGUGGCGUGCACCGUUGGGGAUUCCCUAGACGUCAAGUGGACUUGGCCUCCUCUGCUACUCGAGAAUAGCGACGGCUCGAGGAAUAUGUCGGCGGAGGCUUUCCGUGUGAUCAAUGGUCUUUACCUGGGGAAACACUUCCCCGACGACACAGUUCUGUCGACGUUGGCGUACAAGCCACAACCUGGUGAUCUAUUCAUCGUCAGCUACCCCAAAUGUGGUACCACUUGGAUACAACACAUAGUCUACAACAUCCUAAUGGACGCUGAAGAUCCUGAGGACCCGUUAGACCAGGUACUGCGAAUGCCUUUCCUGGAGAUGCAGGGAGCCGAAGCCGCUGUUUACGCUCCACAACCUCGUGUCUUGAAGACUCACUUACCUUUCCACAUGAACCCUUAUUCCCCUGAGGCAAAGUACAUCUACAUCACUCGGAACCCCUACGACUGCUGCGUGUCGUUCUACUACCACACCCGGAACAACCAUCCGUAUCAGUUUGGUGAAGGCACUUUUGAAGAAUUCUUUGAACUAUUCUUGCAUGGACGGGUCGAUUUCGGAGACUACUUUGACAACGUUCUCUCCUGGUACAAGCAUCGGAGGGACCCUAAUAUUCUGUUUUUAACAUACGAGGAGCUUAAAACUGACACCGCCAGGCUUGUCCUUGGGGUGGCCGCUUUUAUCGACGAAGAAAGAGAGAUGAGACUUAAACAAAAUCCCGAGCUUCUCCGGAAAAUUCUGGAGAAGUCUAGCAUGGAAUACAUGAAGCACAAGAUUGGCAAUAGUCGGCAGGCCCCUAGGCGAGAAUACCGCAAUUCACCGCAGAUUAAGACUCUUAGACCGGAGUUACUGAAAGGACUUAAUAAUCUGAUGGCGUUUACGAAGAAACCCAUGACCGGCAAUUUUGUCCGCAGGGGGAAAGUAGGAGACUGGAGGAAUCACUUCUCGCCAGAACAGAUUAAACGUGUGAAACAGAAAAUUGCGGAAGCAACUCUAAAGUCCGACUUCAUGAAUCUGUGGAGGGACGUAGAUAUUCCAUGAUUCUGGCAGUGGCGUUCCCGUAAUGGCACAUAAAAACGCGGUAUAUGAAAAAUGACUAUGUGAUGGACCAUGUUAAAUAUAGGUUCAUGAGGCAGUUUUAUGAAUCAGCAGGUAAUUAGGGCACGACUCGCAAUAAAAUAUAUAUAAA